AUGGAGGGCGAUCGCUCAGGAGCAACAGAGGAUUUACGUAUCAGGUCGGCUGUACCACCACCGUCCCCAGCAUCUUCUCCAAGCGAGAAAGAGUACGACGAACACAUCGUGCGUUUAGCUUCCAGCAGCGAUGAAGAGUGGGUAGAAACGGCUUCUGAAGCGUCUAGCGCUACAAACCGGUCUAAGCACAUUCGAUCCGAAGAAUCUUCUCUUCCCCGGAGCUCGGCGGCUGAAUCAAGCGACGACUCAGAGGGUAUUCUUGCUGCACCACCACGUAGGACGCAAUUCGAGUCGUGGAGCGACCUAGAGGACUACCUGAAGCUGUACGAGUCCGAGACAUACCAG